AUGGUCUCAGGAAACCUCGACGGCGACGGUGUGCCUGAGCUCGUCGCCGCCGUCCACACCAGCCAUAUCUCAGCGACUCGAGUCAUUGUCUCGGUCGUUCCGAGCUCUGUUGCUGCCAUCGCCGAUGGCUCGUUUCCGCGACCAGGUUAUGCGCCUGUUGCGGAGCCUGCUGCCUCGCCGCUGCUUUCCUUCUCAGGCUUCUACACCUCGAUGCUCCCGCCGUCAACGCCCGCCAUGGCCUCUAGUACGCUUGCCGUCGCUGACGUCAACGCCGACGGACAGGGCGAUCUAGUGUAUGCUGCAGCAAGCGGCUCUGCAGGCGGUGCGGUUGUCGUCUUGGAGCAGGCUACGUCAUCGCCAUACGCGUCGCACCUGGCAACGCUUCCGCUACCCGAGGAGAUGCGCUCUCUCCUGCUCAACCACGGGCUUCGCGUUCCUAUGGCUGUUGCCGACGUCGAUGGCGACGGUUCACAAGACAUCGUCUACUCCUCGGCCUACGACACGCCGUAUACCGUGGUCCAUGACCCUGACAGCUACAUCUUUAACGAUGUGCUCCUCGCCACUAACCCAUCCGGCACCGGUGCCUUCCUCGCGCCGAUCCGCCUCGCCUCCGUCACCAACGGCCGUGGCAUGGAGGCCCUUGCUCUAGCCGACAUGGACGCCGACGGUGACGUGGAUGUCUUGUUUACUGACACUGGUGGUGGCAGUGUCUGUGUUCUCUACGCCCUUGCCCCGGGCGUCUUCAACGAGACAUCCUCUCCGCCCGUCUGCACUGCCGUCGAGACAAACGUCGACUACAUGCAUGUUUUCGACUUUGACGCUGACGGUGACUUGGACAUCCUCGCCAUGGACUCUGACAAAAGCAUCUGGCUCAUUCCCAACGCCGCGGGGGCUGGCUCUCCGUUUGCCUACACUUCGUUGACACGCUCGGCUCCGUUCCCCACAUCCGCCGCCUACUCGUCACCGAUUGUUUUUGAUCCAGACAAUGAUGGUGAUCUGGAUAUCCUCUAUCCAAAGCCCGUAGACGGCUUUGUCUAUCAACGCUGUGAUGGUCUCGGUUCAUACACUGAACUCAUCAUCGCCCACGACCGUGAGCUUGUCUCUACUACGUACGGUGACCUCAACGGUGACUCCUUCCUUGACGUUUGUGCAAUUGACAACGUGAACAGACUGGUGUGCAUCCUGUACAACUCGGGUGCCGCCACCUUUGAUGCUCCCAUUGUGGCAUCGGGCUCUUACCUAUGGACCCCUUUGUACUCUACUAUUGUUCUUACCGACCUCAACGCCGACGGUCGAGACGACUUGGCCAUCAUGUCUUUCGACGACAACGCCAUGAAUAGUCUGUGGAUUGAGUUCAACGACGGUUCCGCCGUGCCCUUUGAUGGUCGACCCGACGACAUUCUUCUCGCUGGUGUCUCGGCCACCUCACGCUCCGUCUCUACCCGCAGCUCGCCCCCACCACGCAUCGACGCUAACAACGACGGCAUACUUGACUUUGCUGUCGUCCGGUAUGACCGGUCCUCAUUUGAUGUUGUCUCGUACGUCCCCAGCGGCAAGACUACUUUUGCGCUCUCCUCAGUCCACGCCCCGUACGCAAGCUACCAGUCAGUCUGGCUGCGUGACGUUGAUGGAGACGGCGAUGUUGACAUUCUUCUCUUCUCGUCGCCGUCCGUCGGCCAGUUCUCGCUCCUUCGCUCGCGCUUUGUCGAUGACGCCUUGUCCGCCGGCUCGACGCUAACUACCGAUGCCUCCACCGUCACCUUUGGCUCGCUUCCUGCCCACUCGGACAGCAGUGUGCCAUGGAUGGGUCCCGGCCCAACGUCGGGCACUGGCCUCGACUCGGGCUUCCUUGUCGGCGCGCAAGACUUUUUGGCCGUCCCACCCUCAGGAUCCAUCUACCACGUGACUGUUGCCGACUGGCUCGAUCCUGCCGCCUCCGCUGCUGUUACCACCGUACAUACCCGCUUUUUGCCGGCUGCCGGUACCACCCGUCCGUCGGCUGUCGCGUUCGAUGCCAACAACGAUGGCUUGCCAGACGUUGUUGCUAUCUACACCUACCCCACGCCCGAGUUGUACCUCAUUCUUGGCCCGACGUACAGCUCGCCGACCCAGAUCCCGACCGCGGGCCUGGCCUCACCGCCGUAUGUUCCUUUCGUCUUUGAUGCUGAUGACAACGGCGACCUCGACAUUGUCCUCACAGGCAGUGCGGCCACCUAUAUUUUCCCGUCAUUCGGCGACGCCACCUUUGGUGCACCUCGUCACGUUACAACCAGCAGCGGGUCCGCCCUCGACAUCGCUCUCUUCCGCAUGCCCGACUACAUGGAGCCCGCCAGUUCGGCCUGGAUUGUUCCGUCGAGUCGCGGGCUGGGCCUCGUCACUCAGCCCCGAGUCGAUGUCACCCGCCCACUCUCCUCCUCCGUCGGCACUGGCUCGCCGAAAUGCGAAGGUGUCCUAGGCACUCUUGUAGGAGACUUUGACAACGAUGGCCGCCCCGAUCGUGCAUGCAUUCACUUGACCAGUGGACUCCUCAUGCACCGCGGCUCGCACCUCGACCUCCGUCUCGCAGGCACGAGCGCAGGUGCCCUCGCCUUUGGCUCCGUCAUUCCCCCGCCUGACUCGGUCAUGCCCAUUGUUGUCGAUGUUGACGGCUCGGGCAUCCCCGACAUCGUCUACAGCUCAGCCGGAGGCAUCCACGUUAUUGUCUCGUCCAACAACCCCGCGGCCCCGUUCACUCUCCCUCCGAUCACCGUUCCGGGCUCAGCCAUGCUCGGCGCUAGCAAUCGGAUCGCCAUGCGCCUCACCUCGUCACCGCUGCCGUCCGUCAUCGGCUUUACCAACACGGCCAUGUACGCCAUGGACCCAACUGGUGACCCGGCUGCACCGCUGAGUGCCCCGCGGCUACUGGCAAGCUCCACUGUUAGCCGUGUCUACUUCCCCCAUGCUGUUGAUGUCGACAACGACGGCCACCUCGACAUCCUCUUUGCGACAAGCAAGAGCGUUGCGUUCUAUCGCGCCAACUUUUCUCUUCCGAACAACUUUGAGGACUCUGUCUCCCUCGUUACUUUUGCCAACAACAUCCAGCGCGCCCUCGCCGCAGACCUCGACAACGAUGGCUGCAUCGACCUUGUUGUCGACCUCAUCAUCGGUGACUAUGUCGGCACACGCUACCUCUACGGUCCUUACACCGCGUGGGCAACCGCCGAUCAGCAUAUUGUCUCGUUCUACCAUCCCAACGCCACCCACCUUCCCUAUUCCGCCGGCGGCGGUGCUAACAUGGCCUACUAUGACUACUUUAGCCUUCUCGACUACAACCGCGACGGCUACAUGGACAUUGGCAAGUUUCCGAUUUCGAGCCACACACUGCCUGGCGCCAUCAUCUACAACCGCGGGUCUGGUGCUCCUCCAGACAAGCGCUUUGUCUCGCAUACCGACAACUUGAUCACAGGGUACACCAUCAACACCACGCCCCUCAACAUCGCCGUGGACUACAACGGCGAUGGCGAGCUGGAUCUUGUUACCCGCAACCGACUCCAUCUCUCAUCGCCGCAGAUCGCGCGUCGCGCGCCCGUCACGGUCGUGGUUGAUCCUGUUCGCUGCGGCUACACCCUGGCAUGCAUUGUCGCUUCUGUUGCAGAGACCGGGACAUGCCUCGGCGACACUGUCCUGGUUCCCGGCGGAACCUACGCUGGCUGCGGCGUUUCUGGCCCGCUCACCCUCGCGCGCUCGAUCACCCUCGCGCCCGUUCCAGGGACAGGGGCCGUUGUCAUUGACUGUGCCCACAAUUCGUCUCCGUUUGCUGUCGGAGGCCGUUACGGCCUGCAUGUCACGGGUGGUGUCACUGUCACUCUUCGUGACAUGACCAUUGCCAACACCUUUACUCACCCGGCUCGAGCCGGCGGCGCUGCCCUCUCGGUCUCGGCCGCCAAGCUCAUCCUCGACUCGGUCACCAUCAUCAACGCCACCGCCACCGGCGGUGACCUGGUCUCGAUUGAGAGUGCCGGUGUCGGAUAUGGUGCUGGCAUCCUUGUUCGCGAUGGCGGUGAGCUCGUUGCCACCAACGUGACCGUGACUGGCUGCUCGGCUGCCCUUGUCGGUGGAGCUAUCGCCGCCGUCGGCCGCGAUACCCGCGUCACAGUCGUCGACUCGAUCUUGGCCGGCAACACUGCGCUCAUUGGUGGUGGCGCCGUCUUUGUCGAAGUCACCAGCGGCGUUUCGUCACUCUCGCUCCGCGGCUGUGCCGUUUACGACAACAUUGCGCCGGGUGAUCUCUCCGAGACCGUGCCCAUCUCCCACGGUGGCGCUUUGUCCGCUGUUGCUCUUUCAGGCGUUCUGGAACUCGAGCUCUCCGCUGGCACCUCGCUUGUGCGCAACUCGGCACUCUCGUCUGGUGGCGGUCUGUCAGUGCGUGCGACGCAGGCCGCCAGUGGCCGGGUUGUACUCGACGACGUGCGCAUCGCCGCAAACUUGGUGGCGGGCAGCGGCGGCGGCGCGCUCUUCUCUGCCGCCGACAUCUCGCAUCUCGACAUUGAGCUUCUUCACAAUGUGGUGUUUGAGGACAACGCCGCCGGUGAGUCUGGUGGUGGCGUCGCUUUUGUCACGCUCCCGCCGUUUGGACAACAAGACACGGCCUCGGGCUCCCUCAACAUCACCUGGGGCUCGGGCUUGCUCGCGCGCAACACUGCAGUCGAGCAUGGCGGCGGCAUAGCCGCGCUUGUCACUGCCGCUUUUCUGGUGCCCUCGCCACCGAUCGCGCUUGCUGCCCGUGGUACCGUCACCUUUGACGCCAACGUCGCAGGCCGUAUGGGCGGCGGCCUGGCGGCCUCGGGUCGCGCCGUGGUCUCCCUGGAUGCCCCAGUCUUUACGCGCAACCGGGCCGUCUUUGGCGGCGUUGUCGCCGCUGCGCCGACUGCCAGCUACCUUGUUGGCCCAACUUUGCCGUCGGGCUCGCGAUUUGCGGUCUCGGCCGCGUCGAUCCCCCCCGAGACCAUCACCGCCGCUGCCAUCCCCUGUGCCACCCGCGGGCGCGUCCGUCUCAACUCGCCGUCUGGCAGUGGCAACGGUGCUGUCUACGGUGGCGUCGGCUUUGCAUGCACCUCCAUUCUCGAGCUUGUUGGCCUCGACGCAGCGCUCCUUGAUGCAUCGCCCACAACUGCGACAUCCAAAGUCAGCGCCCCGCCCGCCGGUGGCGGCCUGGUCUUCACUUGCGUCCCGGCCUCUCUCCUCACCGCCGACGGCACGUGCGGCUCGCCGCUGCCUGACAUUGUCCCGCUCGUGCCGUUCACCUCGUUUGGCUCGGACAGCGAAGCUGGACUCACCGCCGGCACUGUCAACGCAUCGCUCGCCUCGCUGCGAGCAACGUAUGGCGUCAGUGCGGUGGCCGGUACUGCGCCAGCCCGGUUGGACUGGCUCACACUCCCGCCCGCCACCGUCUCUUCUGGCUUUGCGCCUGGCCCUGGCUCAAGCGACGUUUUGCUCUACGACGCACUCGGUGCGCUCUUGAGCGACAGAAACAUCCAUCUCGAGCUGCGACUGACGGCCGCCGAUGCCGCCGAUCGGUUUGCUUUUGUCACCGGCUCGCCGACGCUCGAGCUGGCCAGCAACCCGAUCUCGUUUGGCACCGUCGGCAUUGCGCUCCGUAUCGGCACGCCGCCUGGAUCCGAGGUCACCUUUGAAAUCGGAUUGGUGACGGCCGCCUUUACUUCCAGCUCGCCACAGGCUGCUGCCCUGCGCCUCACGGGAGCCAUGUCGCUCGAGGAGUGUCUGCCUGGUGCCGGCGUGCGUGUCGGCGGCGACAUCGGUGUCCUCGAGUGCGAGCUCUGCCCAGAGGGCACAUUCUCCAACGAGACCUCGCUCGAGCCUUGCCCAACAUGCGCCGGUGAGUCGCUGCUGUCAGGUGUAGACUCACAACUUGGAGUCAACUGCACCUGCCUCCCGUCGUUUUUCUCGCGCAACGGCAUCCAAAACGACAACUGCGAAGAGUGCCCCGAGGGCGGCGUCUGCCUCGGAGGCGCUGCGCUUCCUGUCGCCGCGCCAGGCUUUUCCCGCGCCUUUCCGUGCGCGCCGGGCUACGAUGGCUACCUGUGCAACGUCUGCCAGCGCGGGUACUUCUCAGACACAUCGGGUGGGUGCUCGCGGUGCUCAUCGCGAGCAACUCUGCUGUUUGGCCUCUUUGUCACCAUGGUGGUGGCCAUGGGCCUGUUCAUGCUUGCCGUCGUCCUCGUCGCCAUGCACCGCUCCGCCCUUUCGACGGUAGAGACGGUGACCGAGACCGGGCGCCCGCUGCGCCUGGUGCCGGCGACGGCGUCGAUGGCGGUUGUGGCCAUGCAGGUUGUCGGCGUCAUUGCCGACACCAACGUCUCGUGGAACUCGUCGGCACACUCGGUCCUGGACGCGUUCAACAUCUUCAACGUCGACGUCAAUCUGUUCGAGUCCGAGUGUGUGCUCGAGACGUUCUACACCACGUACUCGAUGUCGAUUCUCUUCCCGAUCCUCAUUGUUAUCUCCAUGCUCAUUGGCGCCGUCGUCGUCCGCCUCUGCCGCACACUCUUUUUCGUCUGCGGAGCACUGCCGGCGUUUUCCCUCCGCGCAGUGUGCGAGACGGCGGCCUUUACCUUUGGCCCGCUGCUCUACAUUCCGCUCUCGCGAGCGACGCUGGUUUACUUUGACUGCACCCGGCUGCCGAACGGGACAUGGGUGCUUGACUCCAAUCCGGGCAUCGAGUGCUUCACCUCGGAGUGGAUGCGCUACCUCGGCGGCGCCAUCGGCGCCGUCGUCAUCUACGUCUUUGGCAUGCCGACAUACUUUGCGGCCAUGCUUUACGCGCACCGCAAGACGCUGCUCGAGGAGACCACCGUUGUCCGCUACGGUCCGCUCUACCGGCUCUACUCGCAGUCGUACUUUUACAUGGAGGUAGCCAUUCUGGGCCAGCGGCUUGCGCUUGUCCUCCUCGCCACCUUUUUCUCGAAUCAGCAGCUCAUUCAGCUCUCGGGCAUCAUCGGCGUGCUCGGCGUCUCGCUCGCCCUCGUCGUCCGCCUCGAGCCAUACCUGUACAACAUCUACAACCGCACGUUUGUGCGGCUCAACGCCCUCCUUGCCAUCCUAGCCCUCGUCGCCAUCGGCAGCUACGCCGAGCGCUCGGCCGGAGGCUCGGCCGACACCUUCUUCAUCACCGCCGUCAUCGGCCUCGUCGCCGCCAUUGCCAUUGUCGCCGUCGUCUCCUUUGUCAUCGAAGUCCGCGGCAUCUACCGAGAGCGCAAGGGCUUCUUCUCCAACGUGGAUGUCCAGCGCCGCAAGCUCAUUGUCCACAUUCGCAAGACGCUUCCCGACCUUGACCCCGAGUUCCAGUCGGAAAUGGGCCGCGUCCUCGACUACUUCCAGCCACCCGACAGUAGCGCGCCGACGCGCAAGACGAGCGACAUCUACGAGGUCGACUGGGACAAGGCCGGUGCGGAUGUGGAGCUAGAUCUUAUUCUGUAGUUGCUGGAGAGGAGCAGAAAGAGAAGCAGAAAGAGAU